AUGGCGUACGGACACGUCCCGCGACCAGCCGGGUCGAAUCCGAGCACGCUUCGACCUCGACUGUACACGCUUCCGCAACGAGCGCAGACGCCGCAGCGCAAGGGCGUCGUCAUUGUGCCUUUUAACGCGGACGGUGUCAAUCAAGUCGACUACGUUGAAGCCGGUGCUGCUGGGGAAAAGAAAGCGCUGCGACCACCCAAGGUGCUGAUCGAAUAUCUGGCGCAGGUGUUCAAUGACGAGCUCGAACGAGGUGUUACGUACCCUCAACGUGGCCCCAUGGACUUGGUAGAGUUCGAGGGGUAUUUCCUGGGCUACGAUCUGCUCGUUGGAAUCUUCCUCUCUGCGGACCAGCUUUCGGCCCUAUCCACCGCCAGUGUAGCAGAAGACGGACUCGCAGUGGCCGAUCUCGCCCAACUCCCCGACUUGUCGCAGCUCGACUUUGAACAACAAGUAGCUGGAUUCUACUACGUCAAGCCGAACUACCCGGGUCGAUCGUCGCAUCUGUGCAAUGGCGGCUUCGUUGUCCCUCCCGCGUGCAGAGGUCUCGGUCUGGGAGGCGUGCUCGGUCGAUCGUUCCUCCACUUUGCUCCCGCAGCAGGAUACAAGGGAUCGGUGUUCAACCUGGUCUACGUCAACAAUCAGGCCAGCGUCAAGAUCUGGCAACGACUUGGAUUCACGAUUGUUGGUAGACUGCCCAUGGCUGGACUACUCAAGACCGAGAGCGGGAAGGAUGAGUUGACGGACGCCUUUAUCAUAUUCAAGGACUUCACGGAGACAGUGCAGGAUGGCAAGUCGGUUGAGCCCAAACCGCUCUCGACGCGGGUAGGUGACGGAACAAGAGAUGCAUCUUAG